AGUCGCACUCAACAUAAAGUCAAACAUGGCCGACUGACGGUAAUCGCUGGCGAAAGUUAACAACGAAAAUAACCUUAAGUUUAUUAGAUUUUUUUCAUCUUAUUGAACUUUUUUGCGUGUUUUAAACUAUUUAUCUAUGGUGGCAAAUCUUUCGACAUUUUGAGACUAAGCAUAAACCUGUUUGUCCGUAAAAAACUCGAAUAUAGGGGCAUUAGCCCGCAGUGUUAGCAGCAACGUUAGCCACCAAGAUAGCCUUUCUUUGUUUUGGCAAAGGCAGAUUUUGUGCGCAUAAGGACUAAAACUGAUUAUCUAUUUACCACUUUAUCGAUAUUUUUCCAAGUGUUAUUUCUGCUUUUGGUAAAAUCGUCUGUUUCUGGGUCCCAACGAGGAGCGUUCUGGUUGUUUUGUAAGAGCUACCGCUGCGAACCCGCAACGAAGCUGCUCGCCUUUAGUCGCGGGACUGUCGGUGUUCUAAUCCCGCUAAGGAGCGAUGGAGUCCAAGCGAGCUUGUGGCCAGUCUCGGGCUAGCAGCGCAAGCAGCGGAGACUCGAGCUGCGGCAGCCCGGCGUCCCCGUCCGGCAGUAGCCCCGCUCAGCCCGCGAGCCAGGCCUCGUUCCCGGCGGCUAACGCGUUCGCCAACGACGGAAGCUUCAUGGAGCUCUUCAAGAAGAAGAUGGAGGAGGAGAAAAUGAGGAAAGAGGUGCAGCAAACAGGUGGAGAGGCACGAGCCACCGAUGAAGGACAGACCUCAGUGGAAAGGAAGGCCCCACCUGUGACGACCUUUGUGGGGAAGCGCCGAGGCGGUGUGUUCCUAAAGACCGGCAUGGUUGCAAAGAAGCAGAAACAGGACACAGAUGCUGAGCCAGGCAAGAGCGAUGCCUGGUCAAAAUACAUGGCUGAGGUGAAAAAGUACAAAGCCCACCAGUGUGGCGACGAUGAUAAAACCAGACCGUUGGUCAAAUAGUUUCCAGAGAGGCGAAGCAAAAUGUCAGCUCCAUCCAGCAAGAGACGGCCAGUGUCGACCUUCUCGUGCUGCCGGUUCAGUCGCCCCUUACCGCCGUCUUUCACAAACUGCUUAAACCAACAUGCCCUUUUCCUCUUUUUUUUUUAUAAUUUCAUUUUUGACUUGCCUUUUUUGUUCAUGUGUCAAAACGCAUUUGAGAAACGUACACGCUGUUAAGUUUAGAAAGUCCGUUUUUGUUCUUUCAGUGGAGCUGAUUUGGUUCCAAUUAAAUCAACUUUCCAUGGA